ACUUAUGUAGCGUCCAGCGUUGCCGGUAACCUGGCCACGGGCAUUGAGUCACGCGAGUUUCACGGGCCAAACCGCUGCGGCAUAGCUCAAACCCUUACUUCGACGUCCAACUUUUCCCACUCACUCCUCCUAUCGGUGCAUAUGCAAAUGAGGCAGAUCUACACCAAUCAGAACGCGCUACCUCACUGCAAGUCAGAAACGGCUAAUUAGCAGCUUUUUAGCCGGCAUAAUUAACGUAUAUGCCGUGUAUUGUUAACGUGUAUUGUUAAUUUGGAGUUAUUGUAUUGUUUUAUGUCAUUUGUGUAUCAGUAGUUCUUUGGGGGGCGGGGUCUGUUUGUCGUCACACAGUCUAGUACCGUCACUAACGACUAUUUUCCUGGCAGACCAGAGGCAAUGCUGGAAUUGAUGAAAACAAAUGGAUCCUCGUUGGACUUUACAUUGUGUUCACUUUAAUUUUCUUGAAAUGUUUUAACAACAGUGGAAAUAAAAUAAAAACCAAGCGACAUAGAAGCUGGGGUUUAAGGAAAUUUAUUUUUAUUGAUGGGUGUGUCAGGUGCUGUGAUAGGCUGCAGAGGCGCCUCUUCCACGGCUUCUACUAAAUUACCAAUCAACGCGUGGUUAGUCCGUGCUGUAACUCUACACUCAUUUAUUUUAUUAUUACAGCGGAAGCGACAAGUUGGCUCACACAGCAAGGAACUCAAAACGGAACAAUAGAAACUCAAGAACAGUACUGAAUGGAAAAUACCGACUUAAGAGUAUACUGAAUGGACAAUACUGCAGCAACACUACCGUCUGCCAGACCCCUCAUCGUCUUAAUGGAAUGGGAAGGCAAAGGCUUCCAGUUGUGGAGAGAUUAUAUGGGACUUUCAGGCAUCAUCAGAGAGAUCUUGGCACGGGAAAACGCCACUCAGUGCUCUCUGCCAGCACCCAAAGUCCCGCACUCGGGUAUAGCUGUUGCUUGCAGAGCUCCGGAAAGCGAGCGCUGCAGCGCAGUUUAUGAAAAUGAAGAGGAUGCAGAUAACGUGUCAACUUCUCCCUUUGGCUCAGUUAUUCAUCACUGUCUAUCUAGUGGUUUGACCCAUCAAAGUCACUUUGGACAGACAGAUGCAUCUGAUGUGGCGGCUUCCGAAGUAGCGACGGACGGCAACACUUUACUAAAUACUAUAGCAAAUACAUCGGCGACGUCGUGCUCCAUCUCAAAAGUUCCUAAGCGCAUACUUUCGUUCCGUAUGUUUUGCAGCUUUUGCAAGCACAACGGAGAGUCCGAGUUGGUGUAUGCAUCCCACUGGCUGAAAAACCAGGGUGGUGAUGUAUCAUGUCCCUAUCUCCGGCAGUAUGUCUGUCCACUCUGUGGAGCCACGGGGGACAAGGCUCACACCAAGCGCUUCUGUCCAAAAGUGGACCUGGAGUACAGCUCUGUGUAUGUCAGGUCCAGACGCUGAGUAAACGGAUAGCAACAAGUAACAGCACAGAGGGCAGAGUCAUUUUAGUCGUGUUUUAUCUUAUUUGCACUGGCCCGUUGUUUUGCGUGUGUGUGUGUGUGUGUGUGUUGUUUUAGUUGCAUGCGUUUGCACGUUUGCUGUUAGACCCUCUGUAAAGCUAUCCAUUUUCACACUCUGUCAGAGUCCGUGCUUAAUAUGGUUAACGUUUGGGACGUUUGCCUUGUGCCUUUUAAUCGUGGUUAUGAAAUGUACUGUAUAAUUCAUGACUGUUUUAGAAUCUCGAUACUGUGGUAUUUGUAUGAUAUCUAGGGUCAUUAGCCAUGGAAAGAGUAGAGGCAGGAUUAUUGGCUCGGUCCGACUCCCAAUCCUGGUAAACAUGGGGAAGGAUUGCUUUUUAUCGGUGGACCCGGGAGGCAAGGGACGAAAGUUUUUAUUUCAAAUAAUGUAACAACAUUUAACAACACACACCAUUUAAAAAUCGUGUUUCUAUGUCAGUAUUGUAAAAUGUUUGAAUUUGAGUAACGUGUUCUAAAGUGUAUAACAUAUUUCCUAUGCAUGCUAUUUUAUUUUGAAUUGUGUACAUCCACUUUUUAUGUGGAAAAAAAUGAAGAAAAAACACCCCAUUUCUGUAUGUUUUAUUUUCUGUAUCUUCAGUAGAAUUCAAAUCAGUCAGAAAAAGAAAAUCUUAAACUUAUGACAAACCUGUUUAUAUGUAUUAAAAUGAGUAUUUUAGUAUAUCAACAAAAUUAUGCCAGAUUGAUAUGGUACAGUUUAAAGCACUAAACUGUAUAGUUGUUUACAAAGCUGUCUCAUCCUUAAAAACAGUCACUGAAAUGCACGUUUAAGGUUGAAAAAUGUGGGAACUCAACAUUUUUCUACGUAUAUAGGUGAUGUGAGACAAAUAUUGUUCAAAUGUUACAAGGAUUUGCUCUUAGGAACAAGUAAGAUAACAAAUACCCUUAAUUUGAAAAUCUGUUUUUUGGUAGUGUUAAAACAGUAAAAUACCAUUACCGUAGCUCAAGAUCAGCCUCACAACCAACUCAGUUUGCAUUAGAUCCAACUCAUGCUUAGAUUUUGGAGGAAAAAAUUUUCUCUAAUUAAAUCUGUCAGACGUCCACGUUUGUUGCAACUCUUUCUUUGAAGACUUCCAGUGAGGAUUUGGAUAACACCAUAGUAAGUAAAUUGUAUUUAAGGUUACUAUCAGCUGACCUAGUGUUUGCCCUCUCAUAAUGCACUAUUGUCUGCACUGGUACAACUGAUCAUCAAAUACUGUUAACAGAGGCUGGAACAUUUGGGAUUGAAGGUACUGCACUUGUUUCAUAUAUAUAACAGUUGCUGAAAAGAUUUUAGUCUGUUAACGUUCACAAAAUUCCCCAUAAGCACACAAAGUAAAGUUACCCAAAGUUCAGUGCUUGGCAAAGUUCCUCAAGGUUCAAUUUAUCUAAUCCUAUUCAGUUUAGAUGUGGAUGACAUGUACAGCUAUAUUUACAUAUGCAUAUAUAUGAAACAAACAGGUCAACUGCAAUUAUUAAAGAACCAGAUGAGCUA